GACGUAGAAGCCAACAUGGCGGCAUCAAACCCGCUAUCGAAAAACUCUUGACGUUGUUUUAUUAAUAAACAAUAACUUUAAGGUUACUUUCUUCUCAUCUAGUGAGAAAUUAAUUUAGUGUAUGUUCUGUGAUUUUUGGAAUGUCCCCGGACUCAUAUUUAUUACCAACGCUAACGGGAGCUAGCAUGCUAAGUAGACGUUGCCUGGUAAUCGGCUAACAAACGUCACAGGCAAGCAAGGGGUCUUUGUUUUUCUAUUUUGUCCUAUUUAUUUAGGCAAAUCAACUAUUAAAGCAGGUUCUAUGAGGACGGGUUUGUGCUUUAGUCGAGAGAACUGAAGAGAAAAUGACAUCUAUCAUUAAACUGACCGCCGUAUCGGGGGUCCAGGAGGAAUCGGCCCUCUGUUAUCUGCUGCAGGUGGAUGAAUUUCGCUUCCUACUGGACUGUGGAUGGGACGAGAAUUUCUCAAUGGACAUUAUAGAUGCCAUGAAGCGAUAUGUUCACCAAGUCGAUGCAGUCCUGCUCUCGCACCCUGAUCCCAUUCACCUUGGAGCCCUUCCCUACGCUGUGGGCAAGCUUGGUCUGAACUGCACCAUCUAUGCCACCAUUCCAGUCUACAAAAUGGGUCAGAUGUUCAUGUAUGAUUUAUAUCAGUCAAGAAACAACAGUGAAGACUUCACACUUUUUACCCUUGAUGAUGUGGAUAGUGCUUUUGAUAAAAUCCAGCAGUUGAAAUACUCACAGAUUGUUAAUCUGAAAGGAAAGGGGCAUGGUCUUUCAAUUACCCCUCUCCCAGCUGGACACAUGAUUGGAGGUACUAUUUGGAAAAUCGUCAAGGACGGGGAGGAGGAAAUCGUAUACGCUGUGGACUUCAAUCACAAGAGAGAAAUCCACCUUAACGGCUGCACACUGGAGAGCAUUAGUCGUCCAUCUUUACUUAUUACAGAUUCCUUUAAUGCUGCUUAUGUACAGCCACGCCGCAAACAAAGAGACGAGCAACUGCUUACCAACGUGAUGGAGACCCUGCGUGGUAAUGGUAAUGUCCUUAUUGCUGUGGAUACGGCUGGUCGCGUGUUGGAGCUGGCGCAGCUCUUAGAUCAGAUUUGGAGGACAAAGGAUGCUGGACUGGGAGUUUACCCGCUGGCUCUGCUCAACAAUGUCAGCUACAACGUGGUGGAGUUCUCCAAAUCCCAGGUGGAGUGGAUGAGUGACAAACUCAUGAGGUGUUUUGAGGACAAAAGGAACAAUCCCUUCCAGUUCCGACACUUGAACCUUUGCCACAGCCUGGCAGACCUGGCCCGGGUACCCAGCCCUAAGGUGGUGCUUUGCAGCCAACCGGACCUCGAGUCGGGGUUCUCCAGGGAGCUCUUCACUAUGUGGUGCCAAAAUGCCAAAAAUUCCAUCAUCCUCACCUACCGCACCACCCCUGGAACCCUGGCCCGCUAUCUCAUCGACAAUCCUGGAGAAAAGAUGCUGGAUUUGGAGGUCAGAAAAAGAGUCAAACUGGAAGGGAAAGAGCUGGACGACUAUCUGGAAAAAGAAAAAAUUAAGAAAGAAGCAGCAAAAAAACUGGAGCAAGCAAAAGAGGUGGAUGUGGACUCGAGUGAUGAGAGUGACCUGGAAGAUGAUCUGGAUCAGCCAGCUGUGGUGAAAACCAAAAAUCACGACCUGAUGAUGAAGGGCGAGGGGAGCCGCAAAGGAAGCUUCUUCAAACAGGCCAAAAAGUCCUAUCCUAUGUUCCCGGUGCAUGAGGAGCGAAUCAAGUGGGACGAAUAUGGAGAAAUCAUUAGGGUUGAAGACUUUUUGGUUCCUGAACUGCAAGCCACAGAAGAGGAGAAGAGCAAGCUGGAAUCAGGGCUGACAAAUGGAGACGAACCCAUGGACCAGGAUCUGUCUGUUGUUCCCACAAAAUGUGUCUCAAGUGUUGAGACCUUUGAAAUAAGAGCAAAAGUGACGUACAUAGACUACGAAGGUCGCUCUGAUGGCGAUUCCAUUAAGAAGAUUAUUAACCAGAUGAAACCCAGACAGCUUGUGAUCGUUCAUGGGCCGCCUGAAGCAAGUCUGGACCUGGCUGAGUCCUGCAAGGCUUUCAGCAAAGAUAUCAAAGUUUACACACCCAAACUGCAGGAAACUGUGGACGCCACCAGCGAGACUCACAUCUACCAGGUGCGCCUGAAAGACUCGCUGGUGAGCUCGCUGCAGUUCUGCAAGGCCAAAGACACGGAGCUGGCCUGGAUCGAUGGGGUGCUGGACAUGCGCGUCGCGAAGGUGGAUACCGGCGUGAUGCUGGAGGAGGGUGUGAAAGAGGAGGAGGAAGACAGCGAGGUGCCAAUGGAUACCGCCCCCGAGCUUGGCAUCGACCAUAACGCCACGGCUGUGGCAGCUCAGCGCGCCAUGAAAAACCUGUUUGGAGAGGAUGAGAAGGAGAUCUCGGAGGAGAGCGAUGUCAUUCCCACACUGGAGCCGCUGCCGCCGACUGAGAUUUCAGGGCAUCAGUCGGUGUUCAUCAACGAGCCCAGGUUGUCUGACUUCAAGCAGGUUUUGCUGAGAGAAGGCAUCCAGGCUGAGUUUGUGGGAGGAGUUCUGGUAUGCAACAAUGUGGUGGCCGUUCGCAGGACGGAGCCUGGGCGCAUCGGUCUAGAAGGCUGCCUGUGUGAUGACUACUAUAAGAUCCGGGAGCUGCUUUAUCAGCAGUACGCUGUUGUAUAGCUGCAGAAGGCCCCAGAGAUGCAGAGCACACCACCUUUAACCCCAGACUGUAGAAGGACAUUAAAACUAUUGCAGUCUGCUCCACAGAUUGUUCCACCAUUGUUCCUGUAAAAUCUAUUGUAUAUUUUUCCUUUUAUACUUUAGUUCCAGAAUUUUAUUUGUUACCUUUUUGAAGUCAACCUUUGUGGACUUCUCUUUGUGAACAUGUUUGAAAUUGUCACAUUUCUAUAAACCCACCCUGUGGGGAGAUGUCCCCCCCUGUUUUGUUAGUAAAUAUAUUUUUCAUGCCAA